AUGCAGUAUGAGUUUAAUGCUCUUAUUAGAAAUAAUACAUGGGAUUUAGUUCCUCGAACUUGUGAUGUUAACAUUAUUCGCUCUAUGUGGGUUUUCUGGCAUAAAAAGAAAUCUAAUGGUUGUUUUGAGCAAUACAAAGCUCAGCUUGUAGAUGAUGGUGGGUCUCAAAUUGUAGGAGUGGAUUGUGAUGAGGCUUCCAUCCUUAUAGUGAAACAUGCUACCAUUCGCACGAUUCUCACCAUUAUUCUCUCCAAGUUUUGUCCCAUUCAUCAAUUAGAUGUUCAUAAUGCCUUUCUACAUUGUGAUCUUCAUGAAACUGUCUAG